AUGCCCGCGCUAGGUGCCAGCCAAGAAUUCUUUCAAAUUGCAGAAGACGAGACUACUCGCCAUUCACAAAGUGUAAAGAAACUUAUUACUCAGUUGGAUCUUUUGAGUUUGCACACUAUGAUCGAAGACUUUUCGGACUUUCAAAAUCGCUUCUUCAACGGAAGUGAGUACAGUAUGAAGGCAUCAAGAUGGCUUUAUACGAAAAUCAACCAAACAGUUACCGCCAGCAAUGCAACAGGCGUUGCGGUGGAGGUUUUUGACCGUGCUGGUUGGGACCAGCCAAGUAUCAUCGUGUCAAUUCCUGGGAUGAGUGCCAAAACAAUCGUGGUGGGAGCCCACCAGGACUCCAUUAUAAGACCGUGCUACCAAGUCCCGCGAGAUUAUGCCCCAGGCGCUGAUGAUAAUGCCUCUGGGGUUGCAACGCUAAUUGAAGCGUUGCGAGCCAUUUUGCGGGACCCUGAUUUUGCUCAAGGGCAUGUACCAAACACACUUGAGUUCCACUUCUACGCGGCUGAAGAGGUCGGGCUGCAAGGAAGCAAACAGAUUUUUGAUUCGUACUCUAGUCAGGGAAGGGAAGUCAAAGCUAUGCUAGAGCGUAUUGGUGUGCUUACAGAUUAUGUUGAUCUUGGCCUGACAGAGUUUGUCAGAAUGAUAAUUACAACAGUAAGUGACCCUACUCUCGUAACUAAUCAUGCGUCAGCUCAGUUACAUGGGUAUCCAGCAGCAAUGACUUUCGAGUCUAAGUUUGGGGAUCACAGUAGAUUCAUUCACACGUCGCUGGAUCGUGCAGAUACAAUUAACAUUAACCACGUACUUCAGCAUGUUACAUUGGUGAUUGGAUUCGCAUAUGAACUUGGGUUUGCUCCUCUUGGAAAUGAAGACAUAACUGAGGAGCUGUGA